UGCUCUUCCAUCAGGGUUAACUUCCAUUUCCCUGAAAAGCACAGUCAUAUAUCCAUGUAUCAUCCCCUAUAAAAAUGAAAACCUGACGUCAGCACACUGCCCAUAUGGCUGCAGCCCAGUAUUCCCAGUGCAGUGGUAUUCCCAGAAAACGGUGUGUGUGUGUGUGUGUGUGUGUGAGUGUGUGUCUGUGUGAGUGUGUGUGCGUGUUACUAAUGGGGGCGGAGGGUGCGUUGGAGUCGGUGUGAUUGGUCGCCUGCGCGUAAAGGAGAAGAUGCAUGUGUGCAGUUGUGCUGCUUUUUAAACGCGCGGUGUUCAGACCACACACAGCCGUCAGGGAUCGAGACGAGCCGAGCCGAACCGAGCCGAGUGCGCACUAUACCAGACCUCAGAACGUCUCCAAGCGAGCGCGCAGAACGUCUCCAAACCAAACGAGCGCGCAGUACCAGACCUCAGAACGUCUCCAAACCAAACGAGCGCGCAGAACGUCUCCAAACCAAACGAGCGCGCAGUACCAGACCUCAGAACGUCUCCAAGCGAGCGCGCAGAAACACAGAGGAGAAGAGAAGUGCGGACGCACGGAGACAUGUCUGUGCCAAGAGCGCGACAACUUUUUCUUUUAUGCUUAUUCUGGUUCCUCGGAUGUUGGAGCACAACAGAUGGCAGUCCGUACGAUCAGUGGGAAGACGGCAUCGCCUUCAGAAAGGUGCGCGCCAUCCGGAGCGAUGAAGAUGAUGACGACGAUCUGAGUGACGUUCUGCUGAGAGACCAGGAUGAGGAACAAGUUCAGAAUGUUUUCAAAAGAUUCCUGUUUCAUUACUCCAAAGCACGUAACUCCCUCGGAACCGUACAGCAAGAGUCUCACUCAGUUCACCCUCUGAUGCGGCUUUCGCCCAAACUUUCCCAGAGGAGGAAAGUGCUACUUUUGAAGAUUUGAGGGCUGCCAGAUUUGAGGGGGGAGUGUUCGACUAACCUGAGAACCAAACGAGGACAACCAGAUCUGACAGAAGAAGAGGAAGAGCAGCAGCGGCGGCGUUGGCGGCAGGCGGCUUCUCCUCCGGACGCCACCUUCAUAAACAAACCGAUGGAGCGACGCACAGCGUCUCCGACGCGUCUCCUCGGACAGAAACGUGACCUUUUUUUGUAAAACAGAAAAUAAAUGAUUGUAUAGAUGGAAAAAAUAUAUAUAUGGAAUUGUGCUGUA